AUGAGUGGAGGGAGCGGGAGCGAGGGAGAGAGAGCAGAAGAGAAUCGGGUUUUCGGAGGCACAAGGACAGUGAAUGGGGGAGGGGGUGGCGACAAGGAAGGUACCGGUGAGAGGGUGGGGAACCCUGUCUUGGGGAUGGUGGAUGAGCCAGGGAAAGAGAAGAACGUCAUGAAGGCUGGGGAAGGGUCUGAUCGGGAUCGUGACAAGUCCUCUGCGGGAAAUAUUGGGCAAGCUACAUCACAGAGUAUGGGAGAUGCAGAGAAGAAAGUAAAGGGCAAGGAACCUCUUAAAGUGUCCUUCAGAGACAAGGUUGUGGGAGAAACAUCAGCUAGAGUCUCUCAUGUUGCAGAUGGUCUAGAUGCAGAUAGGAUGGCGACGAUCAAAGACGGGGAGAUUCCGAGCGUGGAAUUCACAAAGGAAGCUAGGGAGAUUCUCUCUGCCCCCUAUAAGGAUGCUAUUAUCAUCAAAGUUCUUGGCAAAUCGUUUAGCUAUACAGCUAUCACACACAAGUUGAAAGGAGUCUGGAGAACCAAAGGUGGUUAUGAGGUUUUGGACGUUGGUUUUGGUUAUUUUCUCAUCAAUGAGAAGGCUAUCUUAAACAUAGCGAGAGCGGUGGGAAAACCGAUUAAGGUUGAUUUAGCAACCAAGUCAGCUGAGCGUGGAAAAUACGCAAGAGCGUGCAUCCAAAUCAAUCUCGGUCAACCUGUGAUACGCAGGAUUCUGGUUGAUGGCUUUGAAUACGCCAUAGAAUAUGAGAACCUGCAUCUAAUCUGCGGAAAAUGCAACUGCUUUGGGCAUGUGACCCGGGAUUGUGAGAGGACAGAGGGGGAGGAAAAGCCCGCCGCAUCGAUUGGAAGGAAGACAAACCCAUCAGCAACCACCACGGUUAAUCCGGCGGAGAAAAUGGUGCAUCAGAAUUUUGAAUUUGAAAGUGCGGGCGUCAAGGCUGCGUUGAAUAUGGAAGCAAAUCCUGUGCAGGAAACGUUGCAUGAGAUUUCGGGUGACAUUAAUGCACCUAUUGAUGAUGAAUGGAUUACGGUUACUAAAAGGAAAAGCUAA